AUGGUUACUUCUUCCCAUCAUAUUACCGAAUCGAUCGUAGAAGAGACAUGGGCUGCGACAAUGCAGCUAGCCGCCGCCAACCACAUCUAUUUUCUGUCCCACAAAACAGUUUCAUUUUUUGAUGUUUUUCGACUGUCUUCCUCUAUGUCUACCCCACUGAAAGUUCUCUCUCUUCCUCAUUGUCCUUUCUUUUCUCUCUCACGUUUCCUCUUUUCUUUCUUUCUUUUCUUUACCCAAAUUCAAUUCAAACACGGCCCGCCUGCAACAGAGAUAUAUACUUUCUUCUUCUCUCUUGAUUUCUCUUUUCUUUCUUCAAAACACAGGCUGUAUUCUCAGCAUGCAAAUUUCCUUGCGUCUUCUGUGAUAAAUAACUCGAUUUAUCUUCUUCAAUCUGGAAUUGACGAACAGAAAUAUACAUCCUUAUAUUUCUUAUCAGGAGUUGUUUAUGAUGAAUCGGACAAGUUCCAUCAUUACCACAAUGAGUCUCAUCUUUCCGUUCAUGUUAUCGGCGCUUUGAUUUCGAGUCUUGCUCCUUCAAAGACCAGACAGCAACUGACUUCAAAGUAA